AUGAAAAAAGAACGCGAACAAAUCGAAAAAAUUACUAAUCAAAAAAACCAAGCGGAUUCAGUCACGAAGGGACUCGGACUUACUUUAGGCGCACUUAUUUUAGGAACAGCUGCUGCUGGUUUAACGGGCGGGACUAGCACAAUUUUUUUUCGUGCUAUUGCAGGCUCCACAGGUGUCACUGGAUUCCUUACAGCGAUUUCGGGUAUUAACUAUGUAAGACUCGAUUAUCAAUUGAAGAGUAAUAGAUGUACCAUAUCUGAUCAUUUAAAAUCUAUGUUGAGUGGUCUUUCAAGUGUUAUGGACCUUUUGAGUAUAGUCGAUUCUCAUUGGACCCUGCAGAAUUAUACCAUUCAAUGUAUUAUUCUCAGACUGGAAAAAAAUAAUAAAGUUGGAAAGCGCAUUAACAAACCUGAAGCGAAAUCAAUUGCCUCAAAGUCAAAAGCAGUACGUAAGAAUGCAUUAGAUUUUACCGUUAAUAUUCGAGCUGUUUUGAAUCGAGAUGCGAUGAUUACGGUAAAGAUCAAUACAUAA